UUCUCCAUGGUCUAUUAUUGAACCACUACCUCUGGCUAGGUUAGUGGUUGAUACUCCUGUUAAGGUCCUUUUUCUGAAAUCAAAAAUGUUCAAGUACGCGAUUGUAUUCCUGUGCGUGGCGGCUCUCGUCAGCUGCGAGCUUUACAAGGUGAAGUUGAGCAAGAAGAAGGGUGCGCGCCGUUACCGUUCCCGCACUGGAACCGAAAAUAUGUCGAACUAUAAUGACAUGUCUUACUAUGGGCCGAUUACCAUUGGAACUCCACCACAAAAAUUCACUGUUGUCUUCGAUACCGGUUCAGCCAACUUGUGGGUCCCAUCCAGCUCCUGUACUUCAGCUUCAUGUGUAAAUCAUGCAAGUUAUAACAGUGCUGCAUCAUCCACAUACGUUGCCAAUGGAGAAUCCUUCUCAAUUCAAUACGGAACAGGAAGCUUGUCAGGAUUCCUAUCCACUGACACUGUUGUCGUCGGAGGAUUGACCAUCACUGGACAGACAUUUGCUGAAGCCACUAAUGAACCUGGAACCACUUUCCUAAAUGAACCAUUCGACGGUAUUUUGGGUCUUGGAUAUACAGCCAUUUCUUCAGACAGUGUCACUCCACCAUUCUACAAUAUGGUUAGCCAAGGACUUAUUUCAUCAUCAGUUUUCUCCAUCUGGUUAAAUCGUGUUGAAGGAGCUUCGAAUGGUGGUGAAAUCGUCUUCGGAGGAGCCGAUUCAACUCACUACAGCGGCUCGUUCACAUACAUUCCCCUCUCAUCCGAAUCCUACUGGGAAUUCAAUAUGGACUAUGGUGUUGUUGGUGACUUGGAAUUCUGCGCUUCUGGCUGUUCUGCUAUUGCUGAUACCGGUACUAGUCUUUUGGCUGGUCCACCUACCUCUAUCGCAGACAUUAAUGAAGUAAUUGGCGCUACUCAAAGUUCCGACGGUGGAUACUAUGUAUCAUGCAGCGAUGUCUCUUCCCUUCCAACUGUUACCUUCUACUUGGGUGGAACUGCUUUCCCACUUGCCCCAGCUGAUUACAUCGUUAACGUUGUUGAAAGUGGUACGACAUAUUGUAUGUCUGGAUUCAGUGAAAAUCCAACUGCUGGUGAAGGUGGCCCAAGCUGGAUUUUGGGUGAUGUUUUCUUGGGCAAAUAUUACACUCAAUUCGAUAUGGGUAAUAAUCGUAUUGGCUUCGCUACCGCUAAGUAAACCAAUCAUUAGCCUGAACAACUUCAUAAUGAAUUUACCUAUAAUUCUAAUUCAUUUGAAAGAAUAAAAUAUAAAUCCUUUUAAUGAA